AUGGUGUCUUUCCUUGGCCAAGCACGCCUGGCCGUGCCAAUCCUGUCAGCCUUUGCGUGGAUGCUUGCGGCAAGUUCCGCCAUCCCCCCACCUCCGCCUGGAACCCUCUCACCUGAGCGUCUUCAAUGGAUCAGGGAAGUGAUCGGCAAUCAGACCGAGGGCGGCAGCAUUUCGGAUCUCGCUAAGCGGAGCACUAUCCUGCAUACCAGCCAAGACGGCGUGGACAGCGGGGGAUUCUACUACUCCGUGUACAAUGACAACGGAGCCAGCGUUGGAUACACUGAAUACCCCACGACCGGCCAGUUUGAACUCGGCUGGAACACUGAGACGGAAUUCCUUGGUGGGAAGGGCUUCAAGGGUGGCAGCACGCGCUCCUUGACCUGGGACGGUUACUUCACCGCCGAGGGUGACUGGACUUUGGCCAUAUAUGGCUGGACCCUAAACCCUGUCACCGAGUGGUAUAUUGUGGAGUCGCAUGGCACUGGAACCCCAGGCAACGGGAACAUCCUCGGCCAGGUCGAUAGCGAUGGCGGUGUCUACGAUGUCUACAAUCUCCCCUACAGAAAUGUUCCCGAGAUCUACGGUGUCACCAACUUCGACCAGCACUGGUCGGUGCGUCGCUCCCACCGUUCCACCGGCACUGUCGACGUGAGCACCCAUUUCCAGCGCUGGAAGGAAUUGGGUCUCAACCCUGGCACCCCGAUCUUCCAGAUGGUUACUCUGGAAGGCUUCUCCGGUCAAGGGUACCUGGAUUUCACCGUCCAGGCGUAGAGAAGAUCAAU